GACCCCUUUGCACGCAUAACAGGACCCAAGAAUCUUCCUUCGUUCAAUUCCAUAACAAAAACCCCAAUUUCUUUUCUUUCCUUCUUUUCUUUGGGGUAAACGAAAACAAUUUCAUACAAAAAUUUCAACACAUUCAUCAGCUUUAAUCUUUUUACCCAUUCUUUAAUCCCUGUUUCCAAAACAAGAUCAAAACUUUUCAUUACUUAUUCGCCGAUCAAAUUCCUCAUUCAUUGUUCGUAUAAUCAUAUUCGAUUCCGUUCAAAAAACCCUAGAAAACCUGUCCUUCUUGGACCCGAAUUCACGAUCAAUCAUCUGAAUUUGUUGCAUUGCAUUCCGUCAUAAUUUCAGGUAAAAGAGAUUGUGAAAAAGUGCAAUACAUUGCUUAUGGAUCUUGAUGAUGGGCAACCUAAGUUCUUUCCAGUAGCAUCUGUUUCCACUAGUCAGUAUUUAUACCAUAUAAGUUCGUUAAUAGACACUUCGCGAUAUUAUUCUAGACACCCGCAAAAACCGGGAGGCUUUACUCUUCAAGAAACUUUUAGUUACAUUUCGAAGUUUACGGAUAGUGUACUGCUUUGGUGUGCUAGUGGGUCGAAUUCGAAUAUGAGCUCGAAAAGACGUGAUUUUUCUGUCAAUCCCGGUUAUGUUUCUAGUAAUGGUCAUGGUAUCCCGAGAUUUUUCAUUAACUAUAGAAGAAAAGCGCUCGAGAUUCCGGAGCUUUUUAACAAGUUCUCGAGGUUUGCGAUAAAACAAUUGUUGGGUAAGGCUAAAGAUCUUCAGUUCAUUCCUGCGAUAUCGUUAGCGGGUAAUUUAGUUCCACCACUUGACAAUAUAUCUAGGGAUUUUCUUGCUGUUUCAAAUGAAAAUGUCAAUGCAGUUGUCGGUAGAUCGAUGAAUCAUAGUCCUUGUGAGGUACUGCAACGGAGAUGCGGUGACGGUGAUGGAAGUUUUAAUUGUUCGGCGCGUGCAGUCGAACCAAGAACCGGCAUUGAGUUCCCAACUAUAUUAGAUAACAUUUUCGAAGCGAGUAAUUCAAGUUUUAAUACAGAGGUUCUUGUUGGAACUGGAUCGAAAACAAUGAAAAUAAUCAAGAUAAAAUCGUUGAAGCUCUAUGCUUUUGGUUUUUAUGUUCAACCUUAUGAUGUCUGUAACAAGUUGGGUUCAAAAUAUGCAUCGUUACCGGAGAAUGAAGUGACCAAGAAUCAUAACUUUUAUACUGAUCUUCUAAGGGAGGACAUAAGCAUGUCUAUCAGGCUUGUCGUCAGCUGUAACGGAAUUAAAAUCAGUACAGUUCGAGAUGCUUUUGAGAAAUCACUUCGGGCCCGAUUGAUUAAGAUGAAUCCAGACACUGAUUAUGAUUGCGUAAGAAGUUUCGGUUCCCUUUUCUCAGAUGAUAUUCCAAUACGAGCGGGAACAACGAUAAAAUUUCAGAGGACAGCUGAUGGACAUUUUGUUACUGAGAUUGAAGGCAAUCGGAUUGGUGCGGUUCAUAGCAGGGAUUUGUGCAGGGCUUUCUUUGACAUGUACAUUGGAGAUGGGCCUGUUUCGGAGCAGACGAAAACAGAGAUAGGAGAAAAUGUUACGAAUAUAAUGCGAAGAUGCUAGUUAACGCAUCCUGCUCUUUUCUAGCAUUUUAUAUUGAACAAUUGUACAUGUAGCCAGCCCAUUUGUUGAAUGGUUGUUCCAUUAGAAAUUUAAAGUAGAUCAUUAUUUUCUUGCAAAGUUAUACCUGAUUUAA